CAUAAUCGUAAAUAAUAUCACUAUUUAUAAAUAUCGAAUUGAAAAAUCGUACUAAAUCACCAUUGAUUACUACAAAUGUAUACAUUUAUCUAAUGUCGAAAAAUAGUGAUUUAACCCAAAAAUGUCAUCUGGUACACUUUUGGAUGUAAAAAUAAAUUAUGAUACAUGCUCAACAUUAAAAUCUACGAUCCCAAAUCAACAUGCACUAAUUGAAAAUAAACUCGUACAAUCAUCAAAUGGUGAAUUAAAAUGUUUCCCACAAAUAAUAAUCAAACAAGAGCCAAUACAUUUAACUGAGGAGGAUUUUCGUGAAUCAUUACGAAACACUUGGUUACCAGAUAUUGAUACAAAUGGGGUUAAUAUCGUUACAAAUGAUGUUAAAAAAGAAUAUACAACAUUUUUAGAAAGUAGUUUUCAUAAUAUGGAUAAUGUGCCAUGCACAAACGAUACGAGUAACGUUGGUGUGACAAACGAAACGUCUACCAACAUGCUGACUUGUCCAACAUGUCAUAAGCAGUUUUUUGAUUCCGUUGUUUAUCAAGAUCAUCAGAAAACUUGUGUGAAACCAGUAAAAAAAUUUCUUUGUGCGACAUGCAAUAAAGUUUUCUCGACAAAAUCUCGACUGCAAAAUCAUACUCGAAUUCACACUGGUGUCAAACCAUAUGCAUGUUCCGUGUGUUCCAAAGCGUUUGCUGACAGGUCUGCGUUUGUUAAACACGAGAAAAUUCAUUUUCGAUUGAAAGAGGAGAAAGUUGAAUGUAAUUUAUGCGGAAAUUUAUUUUCGGAUGCUUGGGGCUUAAAAAAGCACCAACUAACACAUAGCGGAGAACGCCCGUACGAAUGUCCUAUAUGCCACAAAUGUUUCCGUACAAGUUCAACAUUAGUCGUACAUAAACGAAUACAUACAGGUGAAAAACCAUAUCCAUGUACAUUAUGCGAAAAACGUUUCGCAGUAAAAACACAUUUAGUCACACACAAUCGUACACAUAGCGGCGAGAGACCUUACGAAUGUACGGUAUGUGGUCGUGCGUUUAGUGAUCGUUCAUCAUGGAGACGGCAUUCACGACGACACGAUACCAAUAACGAUCCAGCAUCGAAUAAUAAACAACCAAAAAACACUAUCGUAAAUAAUGGCCGUUUAUUAUCUGCUAUCGAAUCAUUACAAAAUUUUGUUACUGAACAAUAUAUGAAGCCACCCACAUCAUCUUCAUCAGCAUCAUCAUCACAGCAACAACAAGUAAAGACUGAAAAUACACCACAAGUAACCGAAUCGUUUAAUAAUAAACCUGGAGAAGUAAAUGAAGCAUCUUCGCCAUCGACCACUAGUGUUACAAAUUCUGUACAAUUUUCAACACCAAAACCAUUUUUUGAAAAUUUUCAUCGUUUCUUUUUGGAGCAACAACAACAGGUAAUCGAACGUAAAAACGACACAAAACCGAAUAAUACCGAACAACCUGCUAACGAAAAAGAAAAAUCAUUAGUAAGUCCAUUUUUCAAGAAUUUCCAACAAACAAUGGAACAAAAAUUUAACGAAACUAAAGAUAAUCGUGAAGAAGAAGAGAAAGUAAUUGAGGAUAAUUCAACAAAAGAUAAUAAAAAAUCUCCAAAUUUAUAUCGUACCACUGAAUCACCGACAAUUGUUCAAUCAAUUCCGCCAGAUAAAACAAAUUUGACAGAACAUCCGCAACCAUUUCCGAAUAUAAUUCAUUAUAAUGCAGCUACUCCAACUCAUCAUACGUUUAAGACACCUGUACAAACACCGUAUAAUUAUCCGUACUUUGUUGCGACAACGACUGAUGAUAAUGAACAAAAUAAGUAUGAUACAAAUUUCAAUCAGUAUCCAGCAAUUAGUCAAUUUCAAUCGUUAACAAAUGUUAUUUCAAUACCAAUGACAGCUGCAUCACAUAAUACGAUAGCACAGAAAAAUUUAAAAAUAUUCGGUAAAAUACCAAAUAUGGAACAUCCUUCCGCUCCAACGUCUGAUGUUGAUCCCAAUAGUACUACUAAUAAUGGUACAAUACCAACAAAUUUCCCACCACCUAUUUAUAAUAACUAUACAAUGAAUUUUAUUGAUAAUUCCACGAUUAUUAAUCCUGAUAAAAAUGGAUUUAUUCGCCGUUCGUAAUGUUAGUACUUCGAAGUUUGUUUUAGAUCGAAUAUUAUUGCCAUAUAAACAGAGAAUUGUUUAUUAAUGUCCAUAAAGCAUUUCAAUAGACAACAAUGGAUUAUGGUGAAGAAGUCUCUCGUGAAUGUAAAAAUUCAUUCAUUGAUAUUUUGAAAAAACGUGUUAUUUUUAUUAUUUGGCGACAACAAAUGGUUUUAAUAGAACCAUUUGUUAUUGUCAAAUUAUUCUAUUCUUAAAAAACUCUCAACUACUGAUAUCAGUUCUAGUUAUAAAGUAUCUUUUAGCUAAAUUAUCGAAUUGGAAUAGAUAUGCUUUGGAUAACGCUCGAACGAAUAUGACGCUCGAAACCCAGGGGGCAUUAAAAUUUUGAACUUGACUCACGGAGAUCUCUUCACCAUUCAAAAAAAUGCUCUUCUAGAGAAAUGUAUACAAAAUAUUUUAUCGAUUGGAUUUUUAUAGUUUAACAAAAUUCUUAUGUAGAUUGUGCAAUAUUUUUGAUAAAUAUGCAAUUGCUACCAAGCAAUAUUAGCAACUUUUGUAUUAUGUAAUUUAUUUUCCUUUAAAGAAGUAAUUUCUACGUUAAACUUUUAUAAUUUUUAUUAAAAAUUAGUUUUAGCUUGUAAAAUUACACGAGAUUCUAUAUGUGGACGUGGAGAAAGAUUAAUUCCUAUACUUCACUCCUGCUUAGAUUCAACGUACGUUGGUUUGAUGACAAUGUAUAUUAUAAUUAUUAAUAAUUAGGUACCUUAAAUUCGUGCCAUUAUUCAUGACGUCUGUAUGGAAUUUUAUUAUGUUUCAAGUCUAGUUAACUCUUUGAGUUUAGUAUUUCAAAUUUUGAGAAUGUAACUUUUGAGUAUAUUUUUAUUAACGAUUACAAUUCUCAUAACAGAAUUAUUUUUAUGUAGUGGAUGUUUUGUAAAAUGUUACAGAUAUUUAUCCAGAGAAUUACUUAGUGAUCCUAAAAUCGGAUGUAAAGAGAGGAGUUCAUAUAAAAAAAUAUUAUAGUGAGCUAUAUCAAAUCGAUGGAGCCUAAAAAGAUUUAAGCGAAAAUUUUUAAUUUAAAAUGCUGGCGAUCGUCAUGCCAUGAAUUAUUCAAAUCUUAAUGGCGUGAAAUGAUAUAAUUUACUAAUUAAAUUAUUUAUUAUUUACAAAGCCCCAUGUUGGUUCCAAUCCCACAAAAUUUGUUACUAAUAUCAACAUUUCGUAUAGUACUCCAUUUAGUUAAAAUAAAUGUAUGUGACAUAUUACGUGACAUACCGAAUUGUUCAUAAAUCGUUUCGAAUCGAUCAAUUCUGAACAAAAACAUCAUUGUUAUUUUUGAAUAUAAUUCUCAAAAUGUUAUA